AUGGCUCUCCCAAUCUGCAGUCCGUCACCACGCCUAGACCGCUUCGGACAGGCCAUGGAAUCUCUUUAUGGGAGCUUUAGCAGCAUCGGCGACCCAAAAGACUGGACUCCGCCACCAAGAUCAGGCGGUCAUCGAGGGCGAUAUCUAUGGACAGAUGCCUUCGGGGUUGUCAACUUCCUCACGAUGCACAGCGAGUAUAGGCGAACUGGUAAUGACACCAUUGGCGACGAUCGUUAUCUAGUACUGGCUGGUCGUCUAAUUGAGACUGUCCAUGACGUUCUGGGUAGAACGCGAGAUGGCCACUCAAGACUGCGAGGAGCAACAGACGAGAACCCACUUAGUGGUGGAUUGAGGAUCGGCAAGACAGAUGCUCACGGCCCAGACGGCGAUGGGCAAUACCAUCAUUACCUAACGGUUUGGAUGUUUGCCUUGAACCGAAUGGCCAAAGCAUCGGGUGACGUGAAGUACAACAGGCAAGCCGUAGAGCUUGCAAAAGCGAUACACCCAAGGUUUUUUAUUGAUCGCGCGGCAGCUCGACCGAGAAUGAUAUGGAAAAUGAGCAUGGAUUUAUCAGAGCCAAUGGUCAAGUCAGAGGGUAAUCUCGAUCCGAUUGAUGGCUUUGUUGUGUUUCGACUCCUACAAGAUACAGCCAUGGAAGCAGGUGAUGGCGCCGUCUUGGCUGAGGAGAUCGGUGACUACAGACGCACGAUGGAGCGCAAAGGAGAGCACUUUGUUUCAAGUGAUCCUUUGGAUUUGGGUAUGACUUUAUGGACGGCACAUUGGUUUUCCGGACGAGAGAGAUGGGCUGCUGACUUGGCGGGGAAAUGCUUCGAGCAAAUAUACAAUCUGUUCGAAAUCAAUCAGUAUUUGGAGCGCAAUAUCCGAUUUCGGUUGGCCUUUCGCGAGUUCGGUACCUGCAUGGGCAUCCAAUGCCAGUCAGAGAUGAAUGCGGAAAAAGAAUCGGUUGACUUGAAAUGCUACUCGGAUGCUAUCAUUGCUGCUUGGGAUCCAUACAUGCAGCUAUCCAUCUCCGAUGAUCUGACACCAGUAGACUUGAGGCCUAUCACGCGGGUGAUGUAUGCGUCUGCGUUGAUUCCGGGGGCAUUUCAAUCUGGAUUCCUGGGACAGGAACCAAUGCCAUCACCCCGGGAAUGA